AUGGCGAAUUUCCGAUCGACGAUCAUUUUUGCCUCGGUUUUCCCGACUACAGUAGCGACUUGUUUCGCGGCGACGAACAAGCGGUUAACAUGGCCAAUUCGUCUAUCCGCUGCUGCUGAAAACAUCUGCAAGCUGUUGUUCGCCGUCGACUAUUGUUGGCAACAGUUCUGCAAUCUCGAAGCGCCAUUGUUCAAGUGCCCUCCCGAAAUCGCCACCGGUUUCUUCUAUCCACUUUAUUCAUUAAUUCAUGGAUACUCAUUGAUGAAUGUGGCUAAGAAGAGAAUGGUACAGUUAAACAAAACGGGAAAGGUCACUCGCGCCGAAGUGAUGCUUAUGAUUCAGAUGUUAUCAAACAGUGGAAUGCUCCUUUUGAAUACAAUCGGCUUCACAUUUGUCAAAUUUCUCACUCAACUUUUCUUUGGCCCACUUACGGGAGUUUUUCUCUUAGCAUUCGAGGAAUUUAUUCAAUAUCUGUGCUUUUCUUUACUGUCCAGUGUAAUUGCCAUGUUCUGUUUUCGGAAGCAACGC